CCAAUAGCAAAUGCUUUUGGUGUCUUGCAAAAAAAAACUUUUUUAGAAACAUUUUUUAGGAAAGUUUGUUAGAAUCACCUCGGUCCUUGGAAAACGUCUAUGAUUGAGGACUAAAAAAGCUUAUAGGCUACUAGACGGGAAUUGAUGCUCGAUAAGUAGGUUUGGCCAUGAUCAUCGCUUGAGUGAAGACUCGACCUCCUCAGGAAGCGCGCAGAUUUGCCGUGCGUAUCCACACAUCCAAGCACGCGCGCACCAGACUCACAUCUUCAGUGCAAUGCCUGCAUUCGGACUGAGACAUCGCUACACCACAACACAAGUACGAUUCUGCAAAGGAUACGGAUUAUGAGAUACGUUUUAUGUGGUGUAUUUCUCACUUUUGAAAUUAGGCCUAUUUAAAAAUGAACGAGGAAUAACUGGACGGGGAGUUUGGAUUUACUGUUGGCGUUUCUUGGGCAAAAUAUCAACAGUGGAAAUAUUUUGGUUGCCAUGGUGGAUUAUGACCAAAAAUGAACACAGGUAGUUGACAAUCAAUUGCGAGUUAUCAAAAGCAGCUGCAGGCUCCUAAACCAAAGAUUCGAAGUCAUCUGACAAUAAAGGUGCACUCGAGCCUCAUGUCAAGGUCCUAUCUUUCAACACGAGGUCCUAAGCCUCCUGUGGCUCCCAAGCCACGGCUUGCUUUGGACGUGGAGGGAGAGAACAGCUUGAGUGUUGUGGUCAAUGGAGACUCGGCUCUGUCAGAGAGCGAGCCAGAGCAGGAGAGCGAAUCAGAGGCUAUACGGAAUGAAACGGAGGAAGCAGAACCUGCUAUUGACGUCUCGGAGGAACUUGAUGACAGUGCGGACUCAAAUGACCAUCCAGGGGAAGAUCUGACACUCCGCAACGAUGCCUGUGACUCCAGUGAACGGGAGGAGGAGCAGGAGAAGGAGGGGGUAGAUGAGGAGGAGCAGGAGGACGAGGAGGUGGAGGACUUAGCUGAGGAGGAGAAGGGGGAGGCUGCAGCCGAAUCGGCCGACACCCUCUCUCUCAGGUCAGCUGAAGAUGCCGAGGCCCUGCCUGACUGCGAAGAUGAUGCUGCUGCUGCUGCUGAUGCUAGUGCUGCUGGUGUGGAUGAUGAUGAUGAUGAUGGAAACAACGAUGAAGAAACCUAUGAGGCUGAGGACACAGCGGAGGACGCAGGGGACAGUCUGCUGUGCGAAACCUACUGUGAGAUACAGGGUGUUGCGGAGGGCGGUGGGACCCCACAGAGCCUCGGCGACGAUGAUGAUGAUGAUGCUGAUGCUGAUGACAACCCUGAUGAGCCGACAGAGAGGGCCGGCGGUGAGAUGGAAGAGCCAGAUGGCUCCGAUGGCACCUCCCGCCUCAGCAAACCCAUCACGGAGCACGACAGCCAGCUGUGCAAUCAGGACGGCAGCCCAAAUCACCGCGGAGGAUGUUUACGCGCGGUGCCACCUGAGAGCGAGGCCAGCGAGGAGGCAGAGGCCGGGCUGGCGUCGCAAGCCACAAACUGCAUAGCUCCCCCUGUGGGUGAGGAGUAUCCCUACGAUGUGAUUGGUCCCCUGGAUGAAAACAGCGAGUGGCAGCCGGAACGCGCCACCAAAGACCGCUCCGGAUGCUACCGGUUCUCAGACGAGGUGGGCGAAGUGGGCGAGGUGGACGAGGUGGACGAGGCCGACGAGGCCGACGAUGCUUUCGACGCUUACUCCGUCAUAGAAGCGGUGCCCGCAGACCUGGGGGCGACUGCCGAUCCAGAGCUCGAGGACACGGAGAACGAAUGCGACAGUGCGAUGCCGGACUCCACAAGAGAGGAAGACACGGGUGACUCGAAUCAAGAGCCGUACUACGUGUCGUCCGAUGACGUGGCGGAGGCCGAGAAAGCCCAGCUGGACGCGGAGCGCGAAGAGGCCCAGAGUCACGCCGACGCAAACACGGAAGGAGCCGACGACUACGCCGACAUCGAGGGCAGCCAGGAUGGAGACGAUCUGCUCCAUUUGGAGUGCGUGUCGUCGGAGGACUACGUGGAGAUCGGCGACGACGACGAGAGCGACACGGAGCGGAGGAGCAAAGGAGGCAAGAGCGUCAAGGAGCGCAACGCCAAACAUACCAACUGCCAGCGCAGCAACUGCCAGCGCAACAGCUGCCAGCCUCGGGUACGACUCUGCAACAUCACGGUGCCGGUGGGGAUGGAGGUGGGCCGGACGCCCGAGCUGACCAACAGGGUGGUGUUCGCCCACACCACCGAGGCGUUCGAGGAGGACAUCGAGGACCUGGACUGCCACAUCGUGCCUUUUUUUGAGGACAGCGACACGGACAGCGACGAGCACAUCUACGCCGAGGCAGGGCUGGACUCUGAAGGGGAGAACUUCAUCUCCCUGGACAGGAAGAGCAUUGUAACGCGCUCGCGCUCUCUUUCCGGGAAAGUGCCUGGCUACGUGCCUGAGACUGUUCCGGAGGAAACCGGCACCGAUUACCAGACCCACGAGUACUACACUGUGGCCUUAGACCAAAAUGGCGACCCGCUCAAACACGCCGAGGUCAGCCGCCUCAUCCCUUCCUUAAAGCCCAGGCGCUUUCUCUUGAGCCCGCGGUCAUUUUCAGUCGAAGGGCGCGAGCUGCCGCUCACGGCUCACCUGGAGGGCGACAACUCCCCUCGGGAGGAGAGGCUGAGGAGGAAAGACGACAACCUCUCUUUGCCGUGUGUCAUCGCCUCGUCCGGAAGCUUCUCUCAGAGGAGCUACCACUCCUCCAGCGGCGUGUCCACCCCGACGUCUCUGGUGGACAUCCCGCCGCCCUUCGAGCUGGCGUACAUCACCAAGAGGCCGGUCACCAAGAGCUCGCCCUCUCUCCUGGUCCAGCACGAGUCGUCGGACAGGCCCAAAAAGAAGAAGUCCUCGUUCAAGCGGUUCCUGGCGCUGAAGUUCCGGAGGAAAGCGGACAGCAAGCCGCACGGGGACGGCAGCGUGCGCUCGUCGCGGUCCUCCUCCGAGUCCAGCCACCACGGGCCCAGCCGGGUUCUGGAGCUGGACCGCCGGAGCACCAGCAGCUCGCCGCAGCUGCAGUCCCGCGUGGUGACCCAGCAGCACAUGCCCGAGCUCCCCGCCACCUUCCUGCUGUACAGGGACGGGCAGAAGAGGAAAGGCGUCCCCAAGAUGUUCGGCGAUCGGCGCAUCUCCAGAGUGGAGUCCUUCGAGGACCGCUCGCGACCCCCCUUCAUGCCUCUGCCUCUCACCAAGCCCCGGUCCAUCUCCUUCCCCAGCGCGGACAUGUCGGACUACGAGAACAUCCCGGCCAUGAGCUCCGACUACGAGAACAUUCAGAUACCCACUGGAAGACCUACGCGUGCGGUGACCAUCACAGAGUUCUUCGACGACCGGAACCGGACGACCAUGCCCGCUAAUGACACUGACGGCUAUGUGGACAUGAACAGCUUUGCUGGAAUCGAGAACAAGCCACAGACCCCUGAGCAGGAGACUGAAAGUGCCUACACAGAGCCCUUCCCUGUCUGUCCAGCAUCCACCAGUUUGUCUGCUGAGGAAGACCAUGGCCGCACCUCCGAGGAGGAAGAGGGAUGUGGAGAUCAUGGCUAUGACAGACAGAUUGAUGGGCGAUCCCGAGCCUUCUACGUGGCCAAGGAGCUGGUGGACUCGGAGAGAGAACAUGUAAAAGCUCUGAAACACAUCGAGGAGGACUUCAGGGAAGCCGUGGCGGCGGCAGCGGGGGAGGACGGUGAGCCGGCCCUGGACGAGGACAUCCUGGGCGAGAUGCUGGGGCCCCUCCCCGACAUCUACCAGCUGCACUGCAGCAUCCUCACCGAGCUGGAGAAGCGCAUCCGCCAGUGGGAGGAGAGUCAGCAGGUGGUGGACGUCAUCCUGACGCGGCGCGCCGAGUUCUCGGUCUUCACCAGCUACAUCACCGACUAUGACCGCCGCAUGGCCCAGCUGGACGAGAGCUGCGCCCAGCACCCGGCCUUCUCCGACAUCGUCACCCAGUAUCAGGUGGAGAAUAGCGAGGGCGUGCAGGUGCCCCUGAAGCAUCAGCUGCUGCAGGUCAUUGUGCGGGUGCUGCAGUACCGCAUGCUCCUCACAGACUACCUAAACAAUCUCUCGCCGGAUUCCAAAGAAUACGAAGACACUCAAGCUGCCUUGGUAAUUGUGUCAGAGGUGGCGGACCAGGCGAAUGAUAGUCUCAAACAAGGGGAGAACCUGCUGCGCCUGGUACACAUCGAGUACAGUGUCCGUGGGAAGAGGGACCUGCUGCAGCCUGGGAGGGUAUUUGUGAAGGAAGGCACACUCAUGAAGGUUUCCCGCAAGAGCAGACAGCCCCGGCAUCUGUUUCUGAUGAAUGAUGUGAUGCUGUACACUUAUCCCCAGCAGGAUGGCAAGUACAGGCUCAAAAACACCCUCCCUCUAAGUGGAAUGAAGAUCAGUAAACCGGUCAUAGAGAAUGUGCUGAACACCCUGCGGAUUGAGGUGGCUGAUGUGACCAUCACCCUAUCUGCGAGCUCCUGCGGUGAGAGGGAGGACUGGUUUCACACUCUUAGCCGUGCCAUAGCUGACCACGCGGCUGGCCUCAACACAUUUAGCAGCUCUAGUGAGGCUCGGGAGAAGCUGUGGAUGUCGCUGGGGGAGGCGGCUCCCAUCCUGGUGCCCGUGUCACAGGUGAUCAUGUGCAUGAACUGCACCUCCGACUUCAGCCUCACGCUCAGGAGACACCACUGCAACGCCUGCGGGAAGGUCGUGUGCCGCUCGUGCUCCCGAAACAGAUACCCUCUCAAGUACCUCAAGGACCGCAUGGCCAAAGUGUGUGAUCACUGCUAUGCUGAGUUACGCAAGCGAGCAGGUGGCGCUCCUCCGCGUGCAUGUGGGAACGCCAGCCCUCGGCCCAACCGAGCCAGCAGACCCCUGUCUGCCGUGUUCCAGAGCUUCCAGCCUCCCAGCCUGUGGAGGAACAGAAAGAGCACCUCCCCCCUCGCACAGGUGUCUGUGGGUGCUGAGGGCUCCACCAUGAGCGGCAGCCUGCAGCGGCGCAAGAAGAGCAAGAGGAAGUGGAAGAGGCUGUGGUUCCUCCUUAAAGACAAGGUGCUCUACACCUUCAAAGCACGCGAGGAUAAGGUGGCGGCAGAGAGCCUCCCCCUGCAGGGCUUCACCGUCAAGCUGUCCGACUCCUCGGAAGGGGCCGAGGCGUCCAGCGUGUUCCAGCUCUACCACAAGAAGACCCUCUACUACACCUUCAGAGCCGACGACCAGCACGCAGCCCGCAGAUGGGUGAAUGCCAUGGAGGAGGCCACAGUCUUGUAGCACUCGCCCACUCCUAAAGAUGUUGUGUGUCAACUGAGACAGCCUGGACUCUCAUUUCCACCCAUAUUUACGUCCCUCAGAAAACCUGCUCUCAUGAACACGUUUUAACCUUAACAGACUGGAUAUUAUUUCAUGCAAGAGGAUCAUGCAGACACACUGCCCUGGGAUAAGGUGCCCUCCCCCCCUCCUUUAUUCUCACCACUGGGACUCUGAGACAUGUGCCAAGCCAUACUGCUCCAUACUGAAUGUGCUCUGGGAUCUCUUCACUGCCACCCAUAAUCUGUGCCACAAGCAGAACGAAUGUUCUCUCUCUCUAGCCUCCUGUCAAGGAGAGCAUUGCCAUCUCUCCGCAUACUGAGCGCUUGCCAACAGAUUGUCACAUGUACAGGCGCUUGGAUUUGUUGCUUUUUUACGCUCUUUUGAAAGCAGGACAGAUCAUUGACAGCGUGUCCAUGUGCACCGGACUGGACAGCUACUCAACCGCUUUUAGUUGCUUAACCAACCGAAAUGAAGGGAAAUGGAGGCUAAAAAUGACCCGUUUGUUUACUCUCCUGAAUGGUUUUGUUUCAAACAAGGGCCCAAAGAGUGGGCAAACAGAUUUGAGAGUGAAAGUUCACCACAAGGGGAGGAUAGAACUGGUGGUGAUGUCUAACUACCUGUAGCUCGUGAUGAUUUCCCAAACAAAUUGUUUCAGUUCUCUUUAGCACAAAACACUGUGCAUUGUGCAUUGUGCAUUGCUGUGCAAAAAAAUCGGGUCGGUGAGAAAAAAAUAACCAGACACCCCCUGGCACAUCUCAGUCAUUACCUCUGCCCUUCCUCUUUGAAAUCAUUAAUUAUUUUCAACACUGGCAUAUUAUUAGUAAAUUAAGAAAUUCAUUUUUACUGACAGUAAGAGUGCUCCCUAGUCUCUCAGUAUUACUGUGUUCAGAUCCUCUGCUGAUGAAGCCCAUCAGAUUUCUGCACAGAAAAUGAUGAAUUUAAUAUCUUCCCUCACACUUCUGCCCUCUGGUGUUCUGAGAAUUUGAAGCAUAUUCUUCAACUAUUAUCUCCACCAAGGAGAUUAUGUUUUUGAUGCAUUUGUGUCUGUUUGUUUGUCUAUGUGCAGGAUUACACAAAAACUACAGGCCCAACUUGCAUGAAAGUUGCUGGAAUGGUCCAAGGACAAACCAAUUACAUUUAGGAGCAGAUUGGACUUAAGUUUAGAAUUCAGUUUCACUUUCACUACAGUUAUGAGACAUGGCUUUGGCAGGUUAAUAUGGUGACCAUAAUAAAAUGCACAACAUACCCUCUAGUGUUCAAAGCAAGGAAAUGCAUUUCAUUACGGAUGGUCUCACCCAAACGAGUGCCUCCUGCGUUUCUGAAACCGUAGGUAGAAAUCACCAUGACGUGGUAAGACUUACUGUGCAACACUGUAACAGUUUGUCCCGAAACCCACUGCAGAAGUUUCAGUUUUAGGCUUCUUGAGGUAAAUUCUAGACCAAACAAAGCGGAAGGGAGAGUUUCACACCAGUAAGGAUAUAAUGACUGAGCUUUGGACUGACCUGCAUAGAACAAAAACAGAACUAUGAGGCCUUGGCUGAUGCAUGUGCUCUCCAAGUGCUCUGAUGGUCUAGAAUGAAAUGUCUACCAUGAAUCCUUAUUCACUGACUCCCAUAACACUUAUCCAUCCAUGAUUAAUCAAAAUGUAAUUUCAUGUGAUUACGCCUUCUCAUCACAUUGCAGAUUUUAUGUAUCAUGGACGUUUAUGACAUUUACAGUUAUGUAUGGCCCAUAACAUUUAAGAUUGUGACACUGGGACCUCUCGAAGAAACCACUUAGCCUAUGGACUACUACCUUUUACUCUUGUACUGAAGUUAGUGAACCUUGUUGGCCGAAGAGAUUUUGUGUAUAUACCGGUAAAAACAGCAUCGCUCUCUGUGCUGCAGUGAUCUCAGUUUUAUAACAAAAGAAAAUUAUGUAUAUACAUAUAUUGACAGGGGUUGUUUCUUUUAUAUAGAGGGUAUAUGGUAAACUCAAGGAUAUUUUAUGUAUAUUGUAUCAUGAAUUAUAAAAUAUGGUAUUUUUUUUGAAAUUAUCAACACUCUAAGCAAGAUUUGUCUCUUGUGCCCAAAGACACACUAGUAUCUUAGGUUAAUGUGUGUACUUAUGUUAAUUGUUUAUAGUAAUGGCUAACAUUAACAAUGGGAGUGCCAAAACAGGGAAAGUGGGAGACAUGUCUUCUUUUACAUGUGAAGUAUAUGUAAAGAUGUGAAAACAAAGACGUUACACAUUUUGCAUUUUAUCUGAUAGACAUCCCCUGAGCAGUAGAGUAUCUAAAUGCCUUUGAUAACACUUGGCCACAUGAACCAUUAGAAUUCCAUUACACAUUGUCUUGAUAACAUGCUGUGAUCACGUUACCUGGACACACCAAUAGUUCACUGAAGUUUUGUCACUAUGUUAUGAGCAGUGUUCAGAAUGGUUCAGAUAAUUGCAUGCUUCCAUUUCCCUUGACUUACUAUAGAGGUCAGACCUUCAGUUGGUCAAAGAGGAAGUAUAUUUUAGUAUAUCUUUUCAGAUUUUGCAUAUUCAGACAAACGGUAACUUGCAUGAUAUUAAUUCAUAUCUGAAUUUCUUAAACACGACUAACCUCCAGGUAGCUCACUGAACAAAAAAAACAUUUCACUGAUAGAGAUGCCUUUAUUUUGUAUUUUCACUGUGUCAAGCUGUACUGUAUUUGCUUACCUUAUGUACCCUGGCCUCUGUCUGUGGUAAUGACUAUAUAGAGAGAUUAUACAGAAUGAUGAAUGUAAUAUCAAGAUCAGAGUUGGUGUACAUAUUCAGCAUUAUAUUGAGACACUCAAGAGGCUGCUCCAUUCAAUACUGUACUUUUACUUGCUGCCCAAGUGUCUGCGUAAACUGAGCCUUUUCUGGACAGCUUCCUGAAACUGCUACGGUUUCCAUUGAACAAUCUCUGUGUCGAAUGCCUCUGCUAUUGUCUUUACAUUCUUUUGCACUUCAGUGUGACCAGUUUGUAGUUCGUGUUUUUUGUGUCCAACAAUCCGAACCAAGUACAGUUUUGUAUUGGACAUUCAGAAAGUGUCAGUUGAAAUACAAAUAAUUAAAGUGUUCUUUCUCUUUUCCAUGCCAGAUUAUCUUUUACAUCAGUGGUGUAUUACGUUGUUUUAUCUAAAGGCCUGGCAUCAAGACUACUGGACCACCUAGACUACUGGAAGUGUAAAUGUCUUUGUAUAUACAUGAGUUGAAAAUGCAUUGUCUUUUGCUUUAUUUGCACUGAUCAACAAAACAACAACAACAACAACAACAACAACAAAUACUAUGUGUAACAGUAUGUUACAGUAUAUAGGCGUUUUUAUUGCAGCGUAACCACAUUUUUAUGGCAUUGCAGUAUUUUCUACUCUAACUGAGUUUGAUUCUAAAACUCAUUUGUAUGUUUUGUGCAAUGGAAAUGAACGGUGAGCAGAUGCUGAAUUGGGACUUACUGUUCAGGUAAAUAAAGUAAAAGAAACUGCCUGUUACGAAA